AUGGAAAACUUCCGGGAUCUGCAAAAGAAAUCCAAGUUAUUAAUUGAAGCGGAACACCGGAACUUUCAUGAUAUUUGGGUCAUGAAUGAGGAGGCAUUGAAGAAAUUAGCUAAUCGUCUGUUAGAAGCACAUCGGGUCAUCAACGAGCAGCAAUUAGGAAUUCCUUGGAUACGUCCUGAUACGUCAUUCAUGUGCAAUGUGGGGCCCCUGACUGGUCCAGUAGAUCUGAGCUCCAGAAAACCACCUGCCGUUAUUGCGAUACAGCACGCCUUCAGGACAGAAACCAGCCCGUUACGUGCCGGGGACCAAACCGGACCGAAUGUAAUUCCCACUUCACUGCGCGACGUCUCACCGGAAGUCGUGCGGGAUUUUUUGCAACUUUUGUGUUAUGAACCGGAAUUUCUGUUUGAAGAAAAAUUGAAGCGGUUGUUUAAACCACUGUCGCAUGAAGAAGAGACGCUGAUGAGACUGGAUACCAUUUUGACUGCAAUCGGUGUAACGAAUGAAGAAGAAUUGGAUUAUCUUUUCACCCACUUCAUCGUCUCAGCAGAAAAUUCUCCAAUCACGCAAAAGCUUCAACGGCCAACGAAAGUGAUCCGUCGAAUUGAAUUAGCGCAUCCUCAAGCCGCAGCAGAACAGGAGAGUGUGAAUACAGAGACUCAACCGAUAAUUUCACGGGACGUAGUGGAUCCCGAAGGUCAAUUCUAUUCGGAAGAGGACAGGGGUACUACGUUCGCCUCGACGGAUGCUGCAGUGGCAGUGGACGUUCCUGAUGACAAUGAUGAGGAUGCCAACGAACGAAAGGCCGCUCUGGGGGAAAUAGAUGAAAAUACAAGCAAACACAUCUCAGCACGUACUGGCAGGACGAGUGAUAUAACCGGGGACCCACUUGAUUCCAAGCCAGUCUCAUUGUGGUGCCAUCCAAAGGACGAAGAAGCGCAGCCAGAAAGCUUAAGUGAUAUGACCGAAGUCACGGCGUUCCAAACGGAUGAAGAUAAGAAGAAAAAGGCGUGGUCUCUCAUCUCACCGGCUAAUGUGGUGAAUGCGCUAAACCAGUUCAUGGAAAAUAUGCAAAGUCAAGAAGUAGCGCAUUGUACUGGUGCAUUGAAGAGCAAACACAAAGAAUCCGAGAAGGAAGGUUUAAAGCUGACACAGUCGGACACUCGUUUCAGUCUGUAUGGAUCAAAGCCACAUGACAGUUCCACGAGCUACCGAAAUGUAUCCCCAGGCGGAGUUGAACCAGAGAAGCGGGACGAUUCCCAUGACACAGAACACUGGCAGAAGUACGCAACUCGUAUCGUAUCUUCGGAGACUGAGAAAGUGUGGGACAAUCUGUGCGUCGGUUUAGAACGGUACCUACGUAUUCUGAAGCAUCGCGCAAAAAUGAUACACGAAUCAGAAGUACUGAAAAGACAGAAUGAAGAACUCCGGCAUCUGUUACAGCAGUAUUUGAAAGCACCGGUUAACAGCGAUCUGCAGUUACCGCCCGCGACCACAAUGAGGCUGGAGUGA